UGACAGUGUGCGAGUACAAUAUAUAUUGUAACGAAGGAAAGUUUUACCAAUUCAUCUAAUGCUGGCCCAUUUGGGUAUGUGCAUACGGAAUGUGUGGUGGGCAUACGGUGAGUUUCCACUCUUACUGUCACUGAGAGGAGCAAUUUUAUCUUUUGUCCUACCUGCCACUGUCCUCACCAAAGCUCAUUCAAAAAUUCUCCGUAUCCUUAUUACCCACUCUGCCGUCAAUUCCCCAAAUGAUCGCAGGGAUGCAUCUGACACGAGCACUGGCAGCAACAGAUUUUGGCAUUAUAGGGAAUCAUAACCUAUAUGACAAGAGCUGAUCCGAGUAGCUAGACUCAGCACCCGAUGCAUUCAAGAGAUCAGUCCUUUUGUGAAGACAUAAUGCAACCUACGAGCCUUCACCAUGAUGGACUGGACGCGUUGAUUCCCGAUGGACGUCCGGCGGCAUUCCCC